GCAAGCAGCGAUAGCGCCAAAGUUUACCUUCAACAUUCUGAAGUUCCUGCAAGCCUUGUAGAAGCAUAGCAAGCACCCACCACGAGCUCGUCGCGUAAUUCAACUUGUGCCACAGCAAGUCGCAACUGGAAUUUGCAAUUUGCUUCCCCAGAAGCAUCACGUAUGUAGCUGAGAGUAUUCCGACGCCCCAGAGCUUGAAACAGCCGCGUUCUCGCUGAUUCCACCAUGAGCCCGAGGACAGCGACACCGGGACCUCGGUGCCGUCUAAGCAGCGUCCGAAGAAGUGCGUGGCGUGUGGAAGUGCGUGGCGUGUCCUUUCCACACGCCACACACUUCUUGGGACGCUGCUUAGACGGCACCGAGUAGGCGCCGCUGGCCACCAUGUCGUCCUUGUUGUCCUGCACGGAGGCCGCCAGCUCCAUGCCGCCCUGUUGCGGCCACCACUUGUCUGCGCCCGUCGUGCGGUUGAACAACUCUCCCACGCUGUGGCUUGACCCCAGCGGCUGGUUCUGCAAAAUGAGGAACUUGCUCUGCGCCCACUGCUGCAUGCACGCCGCCACCUGGCUGUUGGCCGCAACCUGUGUAGCCCGCAACUAACUGCAGCCGUGGGCGCAGAGCAAGUUCCUCAUUCUGCAGAACCAGCCGCUGGGGUCAAGCCACAGCGUGGGAGAGUUGUUCAACCGCACGACGGGCGCAGACUGGCCGCAACUGGGCGGUUCUGGCGACGUGUUGGCCGGCAGAGCGUGCGGUGCGGGAGGACGAGGGCAGGGGGCGGGGAGGGGGCACUCCGGCACUGGUGGCGUGUGGGCCCUAAUCUACCCCAUUCAACUCCUUAAACAUGGGUGGGGCUUUGGCGGGCUUUGGCUUAGCUUCGACUCGCUGUGCAGCUGCCGAGACACGCUUUACGCGAAGACCUGUUGCACGGUUGUGGAAGGUCGGUAGCCAACUGGGGGGAGGGUGGUUUCCCUUCGGGCCGGAGAUGGUCCCUCUUGACCUGGGUGCUGGGCACCCUUGCUUGGUCGGACUGUCCCUUCUUUGUAAUAUCGCACAUGC